AUGACCGUCGCGAAACCCCCACACCCCCUCAUAUCGUCUCAUGCCUCCACCUCCGGGCUCAAAAUCUCACUACAUCCACUCGCACUACUCACGAUCUCAGAUUACGUUUCCCGUCAUACACUCCGACAGAUCAAGGGACCUAUCGUCGGAGCUUUAUUAGGCUCACAGAAUGGAAGAGAGAUUUCCAUAGAACACGCGUAUGAGCUCAAGCUCAUCGAUUUGCCGGUUGAAGAUGGGAAGAUGGAUACGGAUGGAGAAGAGAAUGUUAGGGUCGAUGAGAGUUGGUUUGUACAAAAGUUGAAGCAGUUCAAGGACGUCCACCCAACCCUUGACUUCAUCGGGCACUUCACAUAUUUACCUCCACCACCGAACCAUCUCCCCCGUCAACUACAGUUAAACAUUCAGACACAGCUCCUAACUCACAAUGAAUCUCUCAUCUUCUUGGCCCUUCACCCGUCAGCUUUAUCAACUUCCAAUGGUGGGAAGCUACCUCUUACAAUCUACGAAUCAGUAUAUGAAGAAGAAGGGGAUACUCCAGAGACGAAAGUUCUUAAGAUGAAAUUCACGGAACUGGAUUAUACCGUUGAAACCGGGGAAGCAGAAAUGAUUGGUGUUGAUCAGGUUGCAAAGGGUCCUUUGAAUGCCGGUGAUGAAACUGGUGGGAAGGCUACUGGGAAUUCGAAAGAAGAUAAACCACCUGGGAUAUCCUCAAAGGAUGAGUCUAAAAAGGAAGCUAAAGGAAAAGGAAAGGUAACCGAGGCUUCAUCUUCUAAGGAGGAGAAAGAGGUUACUUUUGAAAGUAUUGCUUUGCCCACACAAACCCAAGAAUUACUAUCUACUCUAACAGCAAAAGCAAAUGCCGUUCGAAUGCUUCACUCCCGUCUAACACUCCUAUUAGCCUACCUCCGCUCCAUCGAAUCAAACUCCUCAACUCCAUCACCUCAACAACCUAAAAUCUCCCAUCCCCUCCUCCGUUCUCUCCUCUCGCUGACAAACCGUCUCCCACUACUCGAACCACCAGCAACAGCAGAGUCUAGCCUUUCAUCAGAAUCUCUAGCAGAACUCAGUGACGUCCACCUCGUUGCGCUCUUGGGUGCUGUUACAUCGAGUAUUGAGAUUUCAAAGGAAGUUGGAAGGAAAUUUGGAGCUGUAGAGGCUAGUAGAGGUGGCCGGGAGAGGGGUGGUCCUGGUGCCGGUGGCCCUGGUGGACAAGGGGGCGGGAUGAUGGAGUUUGGAGGGUAUGAUAGUACUGGUGAUGAUUUCGGUGGGUUUGGAGGUGGAAUGGGAGUUAGAGGUGGGCUCAUGGGAACGCUUGGAGGAUUGUUGAAGAAUAGCGGAGGGGCUAGGAUGGGUGGAAGGAGGUUCUAA